UCCCUGCGUGACGGCUGCCGCGGCGGCAGUUCCCUAGCGGGUAGGAGCGGGCGCUCGCUGCGGCUUUCUCUGCCGGGGAGGCUCUACCGUUGGGGUGUGCGACGCAGCCGCUUCUCCCCUCGCCAUGUCUAAAGACGCAAAGAAGCCCUUCCGCCAGAGCAUGGCCGAGUGGCGGCAGUUCAUCUACAAUCCCAACAGUGGCGAGUUCCUGGGGCGCACGGCUAAGAGCUGGGGUUUGAUCUUACUAUUUUACCUGGUAUUUUAUGGCUUCCUAGCAGCGCUCUUCACGUUCACAAUGUGGGUUAUGCUUCAGACGCUGAGCAGUGAUAUACCAAAAUACCGUGAUCGGAUUUCUAGUCCAGGACUUAUGAUUUCACCCAAGCCGGACACUGCAUUGGAAUUUUACUUCAACAGGAGUGACACCCAGUCAUAUGCAGAAUAUGUUUCUACACUUAGAAAGUUCCUUGAAUCUUAUGAUGAUGCAAAGCAAUCCCAGAACAUAAACUGUACACCAGGAAGGAUUUUUGAUCAGAAUGAUGUUGCUGUUAAAAAGGCAUGUCGAUUUAACCUCUCUGAGCUUGGACAAUGCUCUGGAAAGGAAGAUAAGACUUUUGGCUAUUCUAAAGGAACUCCCUGUGUGCUUGUGAAAAUGAACAGAAUAAUUGGAUUAAAGCCUGAAGGAGAACCACAUAUACAGUGUGCAUCUAAGGAAGAAGGCAUGGUUGAGAUAAAUUAUUUUCCUCCUGGAGGCUUGAUUGACUUAAUGUACUUCCCAUACUAUGGCAAAAGCUUGCACGCUCAUUAUUUACAGCCUCUAGUGGCUGUGCAACUAGCAAUUCACUCCAACAGUACCAAAGAAGAAAUAGCCAUCGAGUGUAAGAUCCUGGGCUCACCUAAUUUAAAAAACGAGGAUGAACGUGACAAGUUUCUGGGACGAAUUGCCUUCAAAGUUCAGAUGACUGAAUAGCUGGAGUAGAAAAUUGUCCACAAAGUAAAUGUUGUGUUGUCUGUUUUGUAUAAGCUGGACAUGCCUUUCUAGGAUGUGAGACCACCUUGGAGAAUGUUGAGGUGGUUUAUGGUGUUCAGGGUAGCAUAGUAAUAUGCUUCCAAAUCGUAUGUUUAAAAUCCCUCAAAAUAAAUACCUAUCUUGCUUCUGCCUGCCCCCUUGGAACAGUGUACAGACUAUGGUUAUGUCAUAGGGACCUGUAAAUAGCUGUUUUCAAACACAUAAUAAUGGUGACCUUUGUCCUGUUCUAAAAUGUGGUUUUAUUCCCCAAGUGCGUGUCUCAAGCUUAAUGUGCUGUGCUAUGUAAAUAUUGUAUUGAUUUAACACUGAUUUAACUGUCAUAUCUCAAUGCUGACACAGUUAUAGGGAUAAAUAAUAAAUGGUACCUGAUUGACAUAGUGUUUUUUUGUAAGAGUAAACACCUCCAACGUAAAUUAUGUGUAUGGGAGUGGGUGGGUGGGUGGAUGGCUGUGUAGAAAUGCCUUAAAUUGUAGACUGGGUGGCGUGGGAGAAUUGAAAAGCAUUUUAAGAGUCGGUAUGGAUUUCUGACAGCAAGUGCUCAACUAGUACUUUCUCGUGCUUGUCACUGUGCAAGUAUUGUGUACAUGUACUACUUGGUAUAGAGGUUUGUAUUCUAGCUGAGGAGCCUUUCUUCGUGUUGUUAAUUGCUUGCGAUGUGUGGAGCACAAAUAAAAUCUAUACAAUAUUUUAAAACUUUUUAGUUCAGAGAUAUCAAUCUACAGCAAUUGCUUAGGUUGUGGUAACAGCUGUACAGCAGAGCUGCUAAAGAGAUGGCCUUGCUGUUGCAGGAAUAGGCUUUCCAUUUCCAAUGAGAACAUUUCCUGAAGAACCUCUGUUCAAAAAGGAGAAGAGAGGCUUGUCAUGAUUAAACUUUACUGUUUAAUUUAUAUACUCUUUUCAAUUGCAUCAUUUUAACAUGCUUCCUGUCUGCGGCUGC